AGCCAACCAUCCAAAAUAAAGUGCCCAAAACCAACCAAAAAAAAUAUGAACCAAACGAAACUCACAACAGAAAAACUUACCAAUGACCAAAUUCUUCUCUUUCUGAUACUGCAACUCUCUUCCUCCCCAUGGAGACCAUUCUCUCUCCUCACUCUCUCUGCCCUCUUUUCAAGAACCCCCUUCUUCGGUCAUUCCAGCCUAAAUCAAGUUGUGGGCUCAAACCUAUUUGCUGCACCCUUAGAAAACAGCCUUCUCUAUCGGUGGUUAAACAGUCUUUCUAUAAGCCCACAAGUUGGCUUUCUAAUGUGCACCAGGGACUAGCAGCACUCGCUAUUUCUUUGGCCCUCAACUUUUCCUUGCCAAUUUUAACAGACUCUGCUUUGGCGUCUGAAUUUGAUGUUCUGAAUGAAGGCCCUCCAAAAGAAUCUUACGUUGUUGAUGAUGCUGGUGUGCUUAGCCGAGUGACUAAAUCUGACUUGAAGAGACUGUUGUCGGAUUUGGAGUCCCGAAAAGGCUACCACAUUAAUGUUGUCACUGUCCGCAAGCUCACUAGCAAAGCUGAUGCGUUUGAGUAUGCUGACCAAGUAUUAGAGCGCUGGUAUCCGACUGUUGAGGAAGGCGACAAAAAGGGCAUAGUUGUGCUUAUUACCAGUCAGAAGGAAGGGGCGGUUACAGGUGGCCCUGAAUUCAUCCAAGCCGUUGGUGAUUCUGUUCUUGAUGGCACUGUAUCGGAGAAUCUUCCAGUCCUAGCUACAGAGGAAAAGUAUAAUGAAGCAGUAUUUAGCUCCGCCAAACGCCUUGUGGCUGCCAUAGAUGGGCUACCUGAUCCUGGUGGCCCGCAGGCUAAAGACAACAAAAGAGAAUCUAACUUCAAAACUCGGGAGGAAACAGAUGAGAAACGGGGUCAGUUCACACUUGUGGUUGGAGGUUUGUUAGUGAUUGCAUUUGUUGUUCCUAUGGCACAAUACUAUGCAUAUGUGUCCAAGAAGUGAAGUAAUCCAUCAUUUACUUCCUGAUCCGGUAUUUUUCUUUUCCAUUAGAGUUGAGUGAAAUGUAUAAAAUGUUCAUAGAUUAAUUCAGAGACCAUUAAUCAGCAUACUGAAAUGUCUCCUUUUUCA